AGGACAAUGGGAGACGUUCUCUAAAGUUGUUUAAAAAGAGAAAAUAACCUUCAACAAGUGAGAGGUUAGUCAUCAUGUCAGGUGCUGAGGCUAAGGAAGAAUUCACGGAGAGUUUAGAAUUGAGAAGAGAAGAAACAGAUGCUGAGAUCAAGAGGCAGUCUCAGGUCUACACUGCAACCAGAGACACACUGUUCCCAAAGAAGAUUACUCAUAAUGGAACUCAUGCAUUGUCCCUAGAAUGGGUAUUUGGGAUGAAUCCUGCUUUGCCUGCCUUCUGUCUGCAAGACCACGGCCAACUGGUGGUCUUCUAUGCUGGAGCUCAUGUCGGGGUCCUCUACAAUCACACCUCCAACUCCCAGCACAUACUUCAAGGUCACUGCCAUCCCAUCUCAACUAUGUGUGUGAGUGAAGACAGACGCUGGAUUGCAACAGCAGACCGAGGUCCAAAAAGCACAGUGAUCAUAUGGGACUCCUACUCUGGCAUUCCUGUACAUACAUUGUUUGAAUGCCACCCUAAGAGUGGUGUCAUGGCAAUGGCGUUUUCAAGAGACACGAAGCAUCUGGUAACCCUUGGGGCUGAGGAAGUUCAAUGUGUGUAUAUUUGGGAUUGGACAAAUGAAACAGACAUGACCAACAUGAAGCCUUUGUGGUUUACUGAACUCGAUCCUAAACAUGGUUUCCAAGAUUACAUAAUUUUUAAUCCAAAUGAUAGCACUCAGUUGCUCAGCAGCAGUGAAAGCCAUGUGUUGUUUUACAGCAGGACCCCUGGGGCUCUUCAAUACGUUGCACUGAAGGCUAAAAGGUCUCAGUCUUCUUCUGACACUUCUCAGACAACCUUCAUGGCUGGGUCACUGAGCCAGUCUGUGUUCCACUGGAGCAAGCCUGAAAUCAUAACAGCGACUGCAGCAGGCAGCAUUGUGGUGUGGGUUUUGGAGGAAGACUUAGCUGCAAACCAAAGCCUCCACACAGUCAAACUGAUUCCCAUUCAGGAGCACCCGAUCACUGCUCUCACCGUAACUGACAGCUGUUUCGUGACGGGUGACACUCAAGGCCACAUCAACUUUUACGAUGAAGAAUUCCAGAUUCUCACUUCGUACACUAAAUUCCACCUGGAUGCUAUUGUUUCCAUUUCCUUUUCCAAAGAGUGUACAGAGGGAUACCUGGAGGACUGCACUGUGGAGGCGAAACCUUUGAUCAUCGGGAACUUUGUUGUGUCCACAGUCAGUUCUACAGUGGUACAUGUAAAUACACAGAAUGGCAGACUCGACAUCCUGCUACACGAAGAAUGUGGUCCUAUACAUGCAGUGGCCUGCCACCCUGAGCAGCCAAUCGUGGCCAUUGGCAACCAUAAGGGUGUUUUAAAAGUGUGGGACUCUGACACCAAAGUGAUCAUCUGCAGCAGGAUCUUUGAGACAGAGAAGCAGAUUCAGUGUGUCACUUUUGACCCUCAAGGGAUAUACCUGGCAGUUGGCUUUGGCAGUGGAGCCGUUCACAUAUUGAAUUCCAGGACUUUAAAAAGUGAUCCCGCGGAGUGUUUCCAUUACAGUAAAGACAGCAUCCAUCACAUCACUUUCUCCUCAGACUCCAAGUAUCUUGCUACUGCGGAUGAUGGGAAAGCAGUGACGGUGUUUCGCUUGCAGACUAGUAAAGGCUCUAAGCCUCAUUGGACAUAUUUGGGCAGAUACUACUCGCACUACAAGCCCAUUAAAGACCUUCUUUUUGGAGUUCACCUGGACAGCACUCAACCCAGACUGCUCUCUCUGGGAAUGGACCGCAGACUGGUGGAGUAUGACCUACAAAAAAGUGACGUGAAUGAACUUCUCAUCCUAAGCUCGGAGCGCAUUGAGCAAAGUGAAGUGCCAACUGGCAUGACUUGGUAUCCACCCCUCACUGCAGAGCAGUUUCUACUUGUUUCCUCAGACCAAUACAAGAUUAAGCUUUUCAACAGCACCACCAAGAUGUGCAGAAAGACUCUCCUUGGCCCAACUUAUGGCUCGCCCAUUAAGAAAACCAUGGUCCUUCCUCUGACUAAAGACCCUGACACGAACUCAUUUUACAUGGCAUACAUCACAGAGGACAAGGUUGGUCUCCAGAUUUUGCCUCUGGACGGGAACCCCUACAAGUCCAAUGCUGUGGUAUGCCACCCGACAGGGGUGUCCACUUUAGCCUGCUCCUACGAUGGCCAGUUUGUUUUCACUGCAGGAGGAUCUGACGGCACUGUCCUGUCCUGGGAGAUAAGCUUCAAUGCAUUGGAGGGGGCAGCUGCUUUGGGAGGAAAGAACAUGUUGCCCUUUUAUGCUCUUUUAGAGGGAGGCAGAGACGGAAAGUUCUACAGGGAGAUGGAGGACCUUUUCUAUUACUGCCAACUCCGUCAUCAAGGCAAUGACUCAACAAAGGAAUGGCAGUUGUCAACCAAAAUCCCCCUGUCAGAGGUUCCCUCUCUAAUGAGAGCUUUGGCCUAUUUCCCAACUGAGCAAGAGAUAGAAAAUAUGCAUAACGAGGUCAAGUUCAGCAAGUAUGCAGAAACAGGAAAAUAUGUGACUGACAUUGACCUGGAGGAGGUAAUUAAGCUGUAUGUCAACCACCGGCCAGCAUUGGGCAUCUCUAACCAUGAGCUUGCUCAAGCUUUUCAUAUCCUUGGAGACCCUGAUAAGAGAGGAAAGCCUGUUCUGCAGAGACAGGAACUGCUGGAACUCCUACAGGCUCAAGGAGAACACAUGACAGAGGAAGAGAUGGCAGAGUGUUUCACUACACUUUUAGGCCUCAAUAAAGACAAAGAAAAAGGAGAAGAAAAGGCACUAGAAGCCAGAGGAAGACAACAUUCUGGGCAUGACAAUAAUACAUCUAAGAGUGGAGAUUCUGAGUAUUCUCUGGAGGGUGCGGUCCCAGAUGAGAUAUCCAUGGAGACAUUUACGGCUCACAUAAUGUGCUUCCCGUCCUCAGCAGAGAAGAGUGGCCAGUCUUCCCCUCCAGAGUGAUGGAAGCAAGAAACGGUUUGCUCGUCUUAAAGAAGUGGUGUUGAUGAGGAGCCUCAGAGUCUCUGCAACGCUUUUUUAAGAUGUAGUUCAAUGACAUGCUCUAACAAAUAUACUGGAAUGUGUAUGUAUUAUAAUUUGAAAUGUGAUAAAUAAAUAUAAA